AUGCCACCGCAAGGAAUAAAAUUUUAUAAGCUCGAUAUCACAAAUAGGGAAGAACUUGAAAAGAAAUAUGUGGAUUUGGCAAGUUCAGUUCUGGGUAGUUCGGUUGAAGAAUGUUCUGAUGAAUUUUUUGCCAAGGCAAUCAAUUUAUUAAAACCUGGAAAACCGAUACGCGAUGCUGGACGUUUUACCGAACGUGGUGCUUGGUACGAUGGAUGGGAAACUCGAAGGCAUAAUCCUGCUUUCGAUUGGGUUGUGAUUAAAUUGGGAUAUGCUGGGCAUAUCACUGGCUUUAAUAUCGACACCGCCCAUUUUAAUGGAAAUCACGCUCCAAUAGCAAAUGUGGAAGUGUGUUAUUCAGAAAAAAAUCCCCUUCACACUGAUAACACCGAGUGGAUAGAAGUACUUCCCAAAGUUGAUUUAGAACCAAGUUCCGAACAUUUCUUCGGGAUACCAAAGACUCUACAAAAGGUUUCUCACGUUCGGUUGAAUAUCUAUCCUGAUGGUGGCGUGGCCCGAUUUCGGGUAUACGGUAUUGUAAGUGCAAAAUGGCCAUCGGAUCCUACUACUCCAAUAGACCUCGCAUUUAUUGGUAACGAAGCUGUAAUUGUGGCCUGCAGUGACCAGCAUUAUGCCAAGGUCGAAAAUAUAUUAUUACCUGGCCGUGGUGUGGAUAUGAGUGACGGUUGGGAGACUAAGCGCAGCCGCCAAAAAAAUCACUUUGACUGGGUGAUUGUGAAAUUGGGUAGUCCGGGAUAUCUAGAAAGUGCGGAAAUUGAUACCGCGUUUUAUAUAGGAAAUUAUCCACAGGAGGCGACUCUUGAAGGUUGCUAUUCUAAAUCGUUCAUUCCUGAUAAAAUAACGAAAUGGACUCAAAUUUUAGAACGGUCCAAAUUAGGACCUCAUAAACAACAUUUCUUCAAGUUAUCCGUUAAGGAUAUAAAAUUCUCUCAUGUACGAUUGACUAUCUACCCCGACGGGGGUAUCAAACGUUUACGCAUUAUAGGUCGUCAAAAACCCCUGUUACAAAAUAAUUUUAAUGAUUCGCCUGUACUUCCUCCCGUAAAUUGUGUUAUCGCUCAACCAUUAACUUAUGAAUCUUAUGCUCCUUAUGGGCAUAUAAUUCAAGCAUUUCAGGAACCGCAAUCUAUUUCACAAUUUGUGACCACCGUUACUCAUAACAUUUGUGUAACACCUGCCAAUCAGGGAACUGCACGAAAGUAUAAUCAUAUAGCACCAGUAAUAAACAUUCGUCAGAACGAUAUAAAUAAUAAAGAUAGUCAAUUCAUACCAAAGGCUACUCCAAAUCUAAGUUUAUAUCGUUGUUUACCGGUUAAAAAGCCGGUUAAAAUUGAUUUGUUAGAGCGACAUUUGUAUUCUAGUCAAGCAUUUAUACCAAUGUGUGGUGGAACAAACUAUUUAAUCGUUGUUUGUUUGAGUGAUCACGACGGUAAACCUGAUUUAAAAACACUCAAAUCAUUCCUAUGUUCAAGUUCUCAAGGAAUUAAUUAUUACCCAGGUGUAUGGCAUCAUCCUAUGAUUGCACUUGACGAGACGACCAAUUUUGUAUGCCUGACGCAUGAGUCAGGUGUACCAAAUCAAGAUUGUGAAGAAAUUGAAAUUGGAUAUAUGGAAUUUGAGGAUUGGGCCAUCCAAUUCAUUGAUACUCCACAAUUUCAAAGAUUACGAGAUGUUAAACAACUAGGAGUUACUUAUUAUGUUUUUCCCGGGGCAAGUCAUAAUCGAUUUGAACAUAGUUUAGGCACUGGUCACCUUGCUUAUAAUUUGGUAAAUCGAAUUCACCGACAACAACCGGGUCUUGACAGUUCUGAAACGGAUUUGAAAUGCGUCACUUUGGCAGCUUUGUGUCAUGAUUUAGGACAUGGUCCAUAUAGUCACGUAUUUGACAAUGAAGUCAUUCCGACUCUGAGACCAAAACCAUUUGAAUGGAGACAUGAAAAUGGUUCUGUUAUGAUGCUGAAUCAUCUUAUCGAGAGUGAAGGGAUUGAACUUUCUAGUGACGAUAUUAAGUUUAUUGAAGCACUUAUUACUGGUGAAAAGUUGGGAAUUAAGAGAUCUCCUUACCUUUUCGAUAUCGUAGCCAACAAACGUAAUUCAGUUGAUGUUGAUAAAUUUGAUUACAUAGAAAGAGAUUGUUAUCAUUUAGGAAUGAAAUCCAAAUUUGAAUUUUCUCGUCUCAUGCAGUUUUCUCGGAUAAUUGAUGAUGAAAUUGUAUAUCAUCAUAAAGAAAGUUUUAAUAUUUAUGAAUUGUUUCAUACUCGUUAUUCGUUACAUAAAAGAAUUUAUACUCAUCGCGUCAGUAAGGCCAUAGAUUAUAUGGUCAGAGAUGCUCUCGUGGAAGCGGAUCCUGUAUUUCAUAUCGCAGAUUCUAUAGAUAAUCCUGAAGAAUAUCUUAAAUUAUCUGACAGUAUUCUGACGAGAAUUGAAUACAGCGAUGAUCCAGGAUUAGAAAAGUCGAAAGAGAUCAUAAAAAAUAUUCGACAUAGAAAAUUAUAUAAAUUUGUUGAUGAAUGUUUGAUUCCAUAUAAAAUGGAUAUAGCAGAGAAUAAGCUCAACUCAUUUGAGAUAGUAAGUCAUCAAAGUGGCAGUGAUUUAAAUGAAGAUGAUGUUAUUGUAGAAAGAUUAAAGAUGAACUACGGAAAGAAGGAUAAAAAUCCCGUUGAUAAUGUAAAAUUUUAUGACCGGUAUCGUCAAAAUGAAGCAUUCAAUUUAUCACGUUCAGAAGUAAGUUAUCUUGUUCCUGAACAAUACGAAGAGGAAAUCGUACGUAUAUUUGCUCGUGAUUCAAGCAAGGUUAAACAAAUUCAAGAAGCUUUCCGAAGAUUAACAAAGAAUCAAGGUUUUUCAAUUCCUGAGAAUUAUGUACCGAAAAAAUUAAAGCGUCAUCGGUCCUUUACUAAUUCGACUAGUUCGGAGCGUGCAUCACGUGUCGCACGUAUUAGUACUCCAGACACUUUAUAA